GCGUUACACGCAAAGGACACGCACGGCAGGGCUGGGGUUAGCUCCGCCUUGGGCCAUCGAAACAUCGUGAAGGCCACACUUGUGAUAGACUGGGAUCGCGAAGGCCACGGCUGUGACUGAGAUCGCGGAACGAGGACCUUAGACGGAUAGAAAUGGACGACGAUGCACCGCAAAGGACGACGGCUGGACUCGGCUGGAAGGGUCAGAGUAGUGCGUGUGGCCCACCUGGACCACAAUGCGGAGUCGACGCGCCACAUAUCCAUGAAGGUGAGAAGAUUAGACAGGGAAACAUGGGCGGUGCGCAUCUAGGAGGAGAUGCAGGCAGGGUUCAUCUGCACGAUUGGUGUUCAUGCUUCAGAAUCAUCGUCCUAUAAAUGUUCUCCUAACACGGUCCUGGACCUAUAAGCGUCCUCCUGACGUUGUAGAGUUAUAUGCAUCCCAUAAGCAGAGAGCUCAUCAUCUACUGUAUCCUGCGCGGCC